AGAUGAGAAAGUGUGAGAUGUUCCUAGCCAGCUCGUCAUUGGCUGAGCAGAAGCCCUCUCGUGUGGAGGAAAUCUCACCAAGGGGGAAAGUUGCGUUUGCUGUCUCGUUGCAUUGCAAGCUCUUUGCGAAAAUGGGCGACGACCGACCGUUUGUGUGCCACGCUCCCGGCUGUGGACAGGAGAGGAGCCGCUGCAGAUGCCCGCGCCGCCAUCAAAAGAACAGUUAACAUAAAAUGACAAAAUAAUACAACACAACAUAAGACAGACAGUCGUGCAAUCUCAAAAUGGACCACCGAGCCGCCACUGCACUAAAGAUUUACCAAUGAGGACCACUUGGCUGUCCACAAACACAAGCAUGAGAUGACACUAAAGUUUGCACCCAGGACGGACUCUGUCAUUAUCGCAGAUCAGACGCCCACUCCCACUCGCUUCCUAAAGAACUGUGAGGAAGUCGGUUUGUUCAAUGAUCUGGCCAACUCCUUCGAACAAGAUGACGAUGACAACAAGCGAGCGAAGAACUCCACACCUGCUCCCUCUUCAGUGGCAUUGGACAUGAGCCUACAGACGCCAUUGGAUGUAAAGGUGAAGGAGGAGACACCAGUUGAGGUUGACUCCUCGCCACCAGACAGUCCAGACUCCAUCUCUCCAACACCAGAGAUCCGAACGGAGCCCUCGGACAAGGUGAAGGACAUGCCGCCCAGGAGCUCAGCCCCAACACCUACCAUUGUGCGUCCGGGUUCCCUUCCGUUGCACUUGGGCUUUGACGCCCUUCAACCCACAAUGCCAUCGCCCACCUCCGUUAUAACACAGGCACCGCCUUCGAAUCGCACUUUGGGUUCACCAACAAGCCACUACCCCAUGAUGAUGCUUCCCUCGGGCCAGGCUGUGCCUGUCCUCCCAGGGCCUGUUCAGAUGCCCUCUGUCAUCAAUCUGGCCCGACCCAUGUGCAUGGUACCAAACAUUCCCGGGAUCCCUGGGCCUCCUCUGGGAAGCAGCAGCAGCGGUUCAAACUCUCCUUCUGGCUACAGUAUCCACUCCGAAGCCAAGAUGCGUCUGAAGGCAGCGCUGUCCCAACAGAGCCCAUCAGGACACAGCAUAGGCAUGAUGGCCAUGGGCAACAGUCCUAUGGUACCUCAGAGAGCGGAACAGAGCCAGCUUCUCGUGCAGCAGCCAGAUGCUCCGUCACCUGCACAGCCCCAGGUAUCACCAGCACAGCCCACAGGUGGGCGUCGGCGACGGACAGCAGACGACGACCCAGACGAGCGAAGGCAGCGCUUCCUGGAGAGGAAUCGGGCGGCGGCAUCGCGCUGCAGGCAGAAACGUAAACUGUGGGUCAACUCUUUGGAAAAAAAGGCAGAGGAGCUCAGCAGCAUGAACAUCUCACUGUCGAACGAGGUGUCUCUGUUGCGAAACGAGGUGGCACAUUUGAAGCAGCUGCUGCUGGCACACAAGGACUGUCCUGUCACCACCCUGCAGAAGAAAUCCACCUACCUGGUAGCUGUGGACGAGAACAUGAAAGAUACCUCGGAGCCGACGGGCUCCCCCGCGCCAGUGAUCCAGCACAGCUCGUUGGCGCCCAGCCCCUCGGCCAGCCACAACGGCCUGAGCUCGAGGGCGGCGGCCGAAGCCAUGGCCAUGUCUGUGCUGGCCGGUUUGGGUCAACAGCAAAGUGUCGAGAGCGGAGCAUCUCACAUCAUCAUGGCCGCACAUUCGCAGUCCGCCGCCAGAUGAUGAGCACUGUCGCCACGCGGACUCCCCUCACGUUGUCACUCGAGGAAGAAGAGCGGCCUCUUCAAGCCCCUCUUCUGUCGAGCCAUCGCGCUGUGGCCUGGAGCUCAGUAGCAGCCUUCUGGAAAUGGACUGAGACUUUUGAGAGAGCUUCCUGUUCACUUUGCCAUAGAUGACAGGGGCUGGACUCCCCCUUUUUGCUCUUUGUUGUGUCUUUACCUCCCCACUCAAUGGUUGACAUGUACCACUCAUACCUAUAAUUGCAGACAACACUCAGGCUUGUUCAGCGGGAUUUACACAGCACGUCUGAGUGUCCACUUGAUUGGACCCUCCCUCUGGCAGAGCUGGUAUUACCCAACUUUUUUGUGAACAAAGGACUUUGAUUUGGACCUUGUGUGCUCGGUGUGGUGCAUUUGAGUCUGUCGGAUGAGAAAGGAGCACUAAGGGGAGAUCGAGAUUGCUGCCUUAGCAUCUCACUGGACUAUAUCAGAUUUUUUGGGAUGUAUUUUUAGGUUCACCCGUAUCUGAUAUCACUGCGGUUUCAUUUACCCAACCCAUGAAACAAGCCGCAUGCGCAGCACGCAGGUUCUAAAAUGCACGUGAAUAGCCGCACAGGUGUCACCAUGGAAGUAAGCAACAGUGUAAACGGUAAAACGUAAGGUCGUGUUUAUUUGGCCUGAAACUACCCUUCCUCUUUAUUAGUUUGAAUGCAGCUAACCUCCUAUAAAAUAUGACAUCUAUUCCUUAUGCUCUAUAGUACAACUCUAAAGUAUUUACAUCAGAGGUGUCCAAACUUUUUUUUCCCCCUCAAAGGUCGCAGACAAAUAGAAGAAAGGGACCAUCUUAACUCAUUCAAUCCCAGCCAUUUUCACUGGAGUAACCCCCUCAAUCCGAGCGUUUUACUGGAUAUUGACUGAUCUUGCAAGGCCCACAGAAUAUUUUGUUCUAAUGCUAUAUAAACAAAGAGCCUACCAAAAUAAAGUUUGGACUCUCUUCUUUCAGCAGAAAAAAAAACUUUUUAUCUUGUUCCAUUCUUCAGCGAUCGGCAUUACAAAAUGGCUCAGUUUCAUGAAAAUUGCGAUUCUUGGGCAAAAAAACGAAGAAAAAGAGCUUUUUGUAAAAGCAUAAAUUUCAAGCAUGUGAGGCACCACUGCCACCUACUGGUAGCUUUUUACGUGAUUUACAAUGCAAACGGCUUAUUCUCAUUCAUAGAUUGCAUCAGACCCUCCUCCUCUCUAUGACGCACAAAAAAGACUUAGACGUACAGUACAUACAAGUAUGUCCUUGAUAGGCGGGGCCUAAUUUAAAAAAGAUGUACAAGUACGUCUUGUGGAAUGAAAGAGUUAAAUUCAUACUUUUUAACUUCUUAAACAUCCAAAAAAAAAAAUCAAUCAAGUGAUGAUACAUUGUUCAAAUCAUGUUUUGAAAAACUGCUUUGUUGGGUCUUUCAGCUGAAGGUCAUAAGGAAAAUAUGAGGGGUGGGGUUCUUAAAGGUUUUGGGGGGGCCCAUGGCCUUGCGUCUCAGGAGAAUAGAUUGGCACCUCCACUGUGCAGGAGCUAAAUUGCAUCUCCUUAUUCACGAUCAAAGCAAAAGUGAUCAGUCCUUAGCCGUCAUACUUGAGCAUCAUUAAUUUUUCACAAAUUGAAUCUUGACCCCAAGCAGAAAAAGAAAAACAUUUGUUUCGUUUAUUCUUUACAAAAAAUCUAGUACUAUUUUAGUCUGUAAUUUAUUUGUAUAUUUACAUAUCUAGAAAGGCUUUAUUAACAGUAGUGAUUGUACUCUCCAUCACUCCCCCCAAUUUUUCGACAGCUAUACUUCUAUCCCUCGUCAAAUCAUGCCACCCGCACCCUUUUCUAAAAAGCAUAGUAAGCAGUAUAAAAUGUUAUUUUUAGUAUAUGCCGUGGGCCGCUGAAAAUGGUUGGACUAAAAUCGCCCCCGGCCGUAGUUUGGGCACCACUGAUUGAUAUUUAAUCUAAAAUUUUCUCUGCUAAUCGGAUCAAUGCGUACGCAACAUAAUUUGUUGUGGAGUCACUCAAUGUCCCGGGCCGGUCAUGUUAGCAGAUAGCAGAUUUAUGAUCUCGUGUUUUUCCUCUGAGAAAGGCCUUAUUAUGACAUGGGCAUUUCUGAUUUUACGCCAUUUUUCAUCCUGAUGAUGCCAAAAAAUCAUCAUUGUGUUUUGAUACAGGGUGUAAAUUUCGCCUUUUUGAAACGUUUUCACCUCAAAAGAGUGCCUCUACUUUUAAGCCAUGCCCCAUGGCCCAUAUGUAAAAUACUCAUAAAUAUCCUGGAAAGUGCCUCUCACACAGUGAUGUCAAUUUAAAAAUCUUACCUCAUGUUAUACCCUCUUAUGAGAAAUAUUAUCAACUGUUGAUGGUUUUCCCAACAUAGCGCGUUGCUUACGCCUAAUCAUGUAUAAUAGUUGGAUUUAUUUUCUUCCUUUGGCCUAUUAUAUAUAUCCACAUACACACACACACACACACACACACGCACGGACACACUGCUCAAAAAAUUUAAAGCAGCACUUUUUAAUAUGAGUAUCAUCACGUCUUUUAAACGUCUGGGAUAUUGAUCUGGUGAGUUACAAAACAAAACUUGUUAAUUAGUUGCAGCUGCUUUGGUGUCAAUGAAAUCAACAACAGAUGUGCUAGAGGGGUAGCAAUGAGAUGACUCUCAAAACGGGAAUUGUUUGACAGGUGUAGGCCACUGACAAGUUCUUCCCUCUUCCUCUUUUCUGACAGUUUUUCUACUAGCUUUGCAUUUGGUGCGUAUCAGUGUCACUACCGGUAGCUUGAGGCGGUACCUGGACCAUACAGAAGUUGCACAGACAGACCCAAAAUUCCUCCAGGACAUCACUUGAAUGUGUCCUAUUGCCCUAAGGCUUGCUUUCUCACCCAGCACAGUCUCAAAGCAUGGAGGAGAUUCCAAGAGACUGGCAGUUAGUCUAGGAGAGCUGGACAGGGCCAGAGAAGGUGCUUAACCCAUCAGUAGGGCCAGGAUCUCAUUUGAGCAAUGAGGAACAGGAUGAUCACUGCCAGAAGCCUUCAAAAUGAUCUCCAGCUCCAGCAGACUACUGCAUGUGUGUAUGCCUCUGACCAAACAAUCAGAAGCAGACUUCACGAGGGUGGCCUGAGAGCAUGACGCCCUCUACUAGUGGGUCCUGUGCUCACUGCCCGGCACCGUGGAGCUUGACUGGCAUUUGCCAGUGACCACCGGCAUUGCCAAGUAUGCCAUUGGCGCUCUGUGCUUUUUACUGAUCAGAGCGGAUUCACCCUGAGUACGUGUGACAGACAGGAUCUGGAGAGGCCUGAAUGAAAUCCUUGGAGCCGUUGUCAGACCUUGUGCUGGUGCAAUGGGUCCUAGGUUGCUCCUGAUACCCGGCAAUGUACGGCCUCCCAGGGUAUACAGGCAGUACCUGGAGAGUGAAGGAAUUGGUACGAUGAGUGGCACCCUUGCUCACCUGACCUAAAUCCAACAGAAAACCUCUGGGGCGUGAUCGUGUUGCGGUCCAUCCGACGCCACCAAGUUGAACCUCCGACCGUCCAGGAGCUCUGAAGUGUUGCCCUGAUCUGGAUCUGGGAGGAGAUAACCAAGGACAACAUCUGCCAUCUCAUGACGAGCAUGCAUACGAGCACAUGGGGGCUAUACAAACUAGCGAGUACUAUUUGGAGUUGCUGUAAUGAAAUUUCAAUAACAUCAACUAACUCGGUUCGGUGUCAAGUGGUUAGUGCGUCAACCUCACAGAGCGUAGGUCGUGGCUUCGAUCCCCGGCUCCAGCCUCCCUGUGGGGAGUCUCCCCGUGCCUGUGCGGGUUUUCUCCGGGUUCUCCGGUUUCCUCCCACAUUCCAAAAAACAUGCAUGUCAGGCUGGUUGAACACUCGAAAUUGUCCCUAGGUGUGAGUGUGAGCCCAGAUGGUUGUUCGUCUCUGUGUGGCCUGUGAUUAGCUGGCAACCUGUUCAGGGUGUCACCCGCCGACUGCCCGAAGACAGCUGGGAUAGGCACCAGCACCCCCGCAACCCUUGUGAGGAUAAAGCGGUUCAGAAAAUGGAUGGAUGGAUGAAUGAACUAACCUGCAGCAUCGUUUUUAUCCACUUUGAUUUUCCAGGUUUCUUUGAAUUGAGGCAGAUGUAGGUUGAUAGAUUCUAAUUGCGUCAAAGGAGGAUGCGCGGCAUGCUUUUAUUCCUUACAAAUUAGCCAGUUUAUGACAGCAGAGAUGGACCGCAUGCUUUUUUUUCCCACCAAGAUCUCUGAUGGGCUUUCAGAUUGUUUCUUUGAUUUAUUUUUUGAGCAGUGUAUUUAUUAUGCUCCCUCCUGAAGGGAAUGUGCUUCCAUCUUUGUCAUGCUUCCAUUUCAACCAAUGUGUGGGACUCGACUUAAGUUGCGCUGCAUGUAACUCAGGACAGUUGCACAUUUCUUGCUGCUGAGAUAAAUGGGGAAGCAUCCCGUAUGCUCCCUACCCAAAAAGAUAAUAAAACAAUACUAAGCCAUAUAAAAUAUGACCACAAAUAGAAUUGCAUUUCUAGUGUCCUACCAGUUGGCCUUAAAAUCACGUGUGCCUCCUCGUAUUACCAUGUCAACAUUCUUUUAUGGAGUAAAAAAAUAUGUCCUAAACAAGGAUCCAAAGAUUGAAAAUGAUCAUUACAAACCACCCUCUAUUCUAUGACGGAAACCAGACUGUCAUCUGGUAAAGAGUUGACGCGAGAACAUAAUGCAGAUACUUGUGUCAUGUUUUUAAAAUCCCUUUUCCGCCUAGCAUGGUAACAUAUGUGCAAAAAAAACAAACAAACAAAAGCCUUGAGAAUUGUACGAGCAUGUCCUUAUGCACUAAAACUCGCCAGGAUGUGGUUGCUCUGGUUCACUCUGCCUUUCGUGCUGUUCUUAUUUUAUUUCAAAAAGCAAGUAUCAUUUAUUUUCCUUUUUGUCUGUACUGUAAAAGAAUAACGGGGGAGGGAAUAACUCCUUUCACAUUUGACUACUUUUGAAUUUUUUUUUAAUUUGAAUUAUUCACAUCUUCAUUUCUGCACACCCCCCCCCCCACCCCCCUCAGCACUGCACAACUCGCCACGGAACACUUGAUCAUUAAUUUGGUCUUUUCCCCUAACUUAUUACCAGCAAUUACGGCAGCCUUCCGCACAUUAACAAUUUGAGCUGCAGUUAAAAGUAGUGAAUGGAACGAUUUGUCCAAUACAUGUUGCAAUAGUGUUACAGUUGCGUACACGAUAUUUUGUAACACUUCCAUGGUUAGACUGAUGAUUGGAUAACGUGUCCUUGUACUGUAAAUAGAUGUGUAUCAUUUGAAUAUAUUUACUUUUUCAUGCAUGUCGAAGUGGAAUAUUCUGAACACAAAUAGCUUUCGCUGCAGUUUCCAUACAUGAAAGGCGGUGUGAUGAACAUCGCAGCACGGUUGCUUUCAGUUAGUGCUUGUUCGCCAAACAAUACUGUUUUGCUCUCUCUUGUUAACUAGUUCUCAAAGUCAGAUGCGGAUCAUAUCCUAAGAAUUUCAACAAAGUGAGAAAUAAAACAUGUUUUAUACAUUU